AUGGCCGCUGCGGCGACAGAAGGCGUCACCAUGACCGAGGAGGCUAUCAUACAGCAGUGUAAAAUGCACAAGGGUUAUUCCACACCAGAGCUGAAUGAGAAACUUUACCUCCACCACAUAGGCUUUACCAGCAUUUCCUCUCUAAAUGCCUUCAAUCGAUGUACAGUGUUAUACCUCAACAACAAUGCGAUUGAUAAUCUUGAAGGCCUUCACCCGCUUCAUGAACUGCGUGCCUUGUAUCUUGGCAAUAAUGCUAUUCAGGAUUGCCUGAGCCUUCCAAUGUUGCCGGCAUUGCAACUACUUGACAUUUCCUGCAAUAGCAUUGGUGGCUUUGAGGGUCUCUUAAAUGCCCCAGGGCUAGAGACACUUCUUGCGUCCCGAAACCGCAUUCAAAACCUCAAGGGUCUUGAGCCACUGGAGCGCCUUAUGACCAUUGAUGUCUCAUACAACUCGAUCGCUCAGCCUGGUAGUAUUCUGCCGCAUCUCUUUCAAAAAGAGACACUCCGGACUUGCGUGUUGCACGGAAACCGUUUUCUGGAGUCAGUGCCUCAAUACAGGAAAACCCUCAUUGCACGCAUGCCGUCCCUGCGUUUUUUAGACCAGCUCCCGGUGUUCCCGGAGGAAAGGAGUUGCGCGGAGGCCUUUGCGAAAGGGGGUGCCGAGGCAGAGGCUGCUCAGCGCCAAGAAAACAAUAGACAGGAAGAUGAGGAGAAGCAGAAACAGUUUCUCUUUUAUGGUGAAGCGCGGCGCCUUGCACGCGGCGGCCGGUGUCCCAACGAGGCGGGAACGGCACCCACACGCUACUUCGAAGACAACGAUUACGAAGGUGUCUUCCUGCCCGCCCAAUAA